UUUUGAUUUUUUCCUCUUUUUUUCUUUUCGUCUGUUAUUGAUUCAGAGUCUUUCGUCAGCAUCACAAAAUGGUGGAUCCGGUGGUGGGUUUCAGAUUCCGUCCGACGGACGAGGAGAUCGUCGGACAUUACGUGAGGCCAAAGAACCUAGAGAGUAACACGAGUCAUGUAGACGAAGUCAUGAACACAGUCGAUAUAUAUAGCUUCGACCCUUGGGAGUUACCAUGCAAGUCGAGGAUAAAAUCGACAGAAGAGGUUUGGUACUUCUUCGGAUGUAAGAAGAACCAACGACAUAUGCAUAACAAACAGAGCAGGAGAACCAGGUCCGGUUUUUGGAGCAAAACCGGCGUUACAACGGAAAUAACCCGAAAGAGAGGAGGAGGAGAUCGCGAGAAGAUUGGUGAGAAAAGGGUUUUUGUGUUUCGCUCUAAUAGUAAGAUUCUUGGCGGGCCGUCUAAGUCCAAAUCCGAUUGGGUUAUGCACGAAUAUAUGGCUACGUUCUCGUCUCCUGACUCUCCUCCUAAUCAGACGGUGAUGACGACAUAUACAGUGUGUAAAGUAAUGUUUAAGGGUGACCCCAAAGAUUUACCUUCUUCUUCUUCCUCUGCUGGUGAAAUUGAGCAUGAUCUCUCUUUGAUCCCUCAUGUAAACAACAGUUCUGGAGAACAGAGUACGGAGACAGAGUUAGAGAAUCCACGUCACUUUACUGGCUUUCUUGGUUUGGAGGAAGAAGCACAGUUCGAGGAUGAAAUGUGCAGGGUUAUCAACAAUCUGCCAACUGAUGAUUGGAACAGUUUGUUCAACAAUGAUGUGGGACAGGGGAAUACUAUGUUUAUGCAGGAGGAUCGUAACGAUUACAGACCUAAAAAGUCACUGACCGGUAGCGAUGGUGAUAGUGAUUCUGAUUCCAUAACAACAACUGUAAGCAUCAAUUAAGAGUGCCUUUUUCUUAACUUCGUAGUAUGAGCUAUGUUUAUAUCUUGUUUUGUAAUUGGUUUUGUAAUG